AUGAUGAAACUGUUUAGGGAGAGUAGGGAUUUUGAAAAAGCAGAGAAAUUGUUUGAUGAAAUGCUUCAGAGAAUGGUGAAGCCUAAUGGUAUUACUUUUUCGACCAUGAUUAGUUCUGCUGCAUUGUGUUCUAUGCAUCAUAAGGCUGUGGAGUGGUUUGAGAUGAUGCCUUCGUUCGAAUGUGUGCAGGAUGAUAAGUUGUCGUCGGGUAUGAUUUCUUUUUAUGCACGUGUUGGUAGUGUUGAUGUGGCUUUGAGAUUAUAUGAUCGUGCAAAGAAGGAGAAAUGGAAAGUUGAUAAAUUGGCAUUCAUGGCGCUGAUUAAGAUGUAUGGGAAGUUGGGAAAUUAUGAUGGAUGUGUGUGUGUUUACAAUGAUAUGAAGGUUCUUGGUGUUAAGCCUAACAUGGGAACAUACAGAAAUAUGUUGCAUGCCAUGGGAAGAGCCAAGAUGGCAUGGAAAGCAAAGGCUGUAUAUGAGGAAAUGAUAAACAAUGGGAUUCUGCCGAAUCAAUCAACCUAUGGAGCUGUCUUACACGCCUAUUGUAGAGGAAGCUAUAAAGAAGAUGCGUUGAGUGUGUAUAAGGAAAUGAAAAAAAAGGGAAUGGAUGUGGGUAGAGUUUUAUAUAACAUGCUUCUUGAUAUGUGUUCUAAUGUUGGUUAUGUUGAUGAAGCUGUUGAAAUAUUUAAAGAUAUGAAAUGUUCGGGAACUUGCCAUCCGUGCAGUGUUACCUACUCAUCCUUGAUUAGCGUGUACUCUUCCGCUGGAAAAGUUUCUGAGGCUGAAGCUAUGUUGAAUGAAAUGAUAGGUUGUGGAUUUGAGCCUAAUAUUUUAGUUCUGACAUCUCUUGCAGGUUGCUACGGAAAAACAAAAAGAACCGACGAUGUUGUGAGGAUAUUUAAUCAACUUUUGGAUUUAGGCAUUAGUCUUGAUAAUCGCUUGUGUGAUUGUCUUUUGCAUGUUAUGACACAAAUACCGAAACAAGAACAUGGUAAAAUAACAGAUUGUAUUGAGAAGGCUAAUCCAAAGCUUGGUUUUGUGGUUAGAUAUUUGGUGGAAGAGAAGGAGGGUGGUGUAGAUUUUAGGAAGGAAGCAUCGGAACUUUUUAAUACAAUUGAUGACUAUGUUAUAAAGAAGUCUUUGUGCAACAGUUUAAUUGAUCUUUGUGUCAACCUGGAUGUUCUGGAUAGAGCUCAUGAGCUUCUCAGCUUGGGACAUACUCUUGGGAUAUAUACAAAUAUACAGAUCAGAUCUCAAACUAGGUGGGCUUUGCAUGUAAAGAGUCUCUCAACUGGAACUGCUCUAACAGCCUUACAUGUUUGGAUAAAUGACUUGUCUAAGGCUUUGGAAUCAGGGGAGGAGCUUCCAUUAGUACUUGGAAUCCAGACUGCGAAAUACAAGUCUUCAUUCAGUGUAGUUGAAUCAUAUCUGAAGGAACAUAAUGCUCCAUUCGAAAAGGAUACUGAUACUGGUUGGUUUUUAACAACGAAUGAAGCAGUCAAAUCAUGGCUGCAGUCUAGGGGUUCGUCUGAAACAGAUGCUGCUUUGAACUCCAGGGUCUUGGGUGUUCCUGUUAUGACUCUUUCUCAUUGA